ACGCACUGCGCUGCCGGGGCAGCCCGCCGGGAAAGGGGGAGUGCUGACGUGAGGGCGGCGGGUCUGUGUCCCGCCCCACGGCCGCCUCCGCCGUAGCCCUAGCCCAGUACGGCGCCCUCUGCUCCUGAGGCGCCCCCGGGUCCGUCCGUGCUCCAGCGGGAGCCCUGUGGAGGGACUCCGUGCCUGCAGCGUAUGCCGCCCGAGGGGCGCUCGGGCACCGCGGGGCGGCAUGGGCUCCUCUGCUUGGGGCACCCCCAUUGCCGCCGAGCCCUCAGAAACGUGUGUUUUUUGGUUGUUUUUUGUUUUUUGUUUUUUGUUUUUUUUUUUUUACUGGCUAGUGGUAGGCGAGGCAAUGCUGCUGCCUGCUAGGUGUGCGGCGAGAAAGAAAUGAGUUCCUGUUUAAACACUGAAGGUUGAGAUUAGCAACCGAGGUUUCGGUUCUACAGCUGGUAGCGGGUGAUCUGAGUGAAUUCGAAGGUCUCAUUCUGCAGGAGAGAAGCUGCUCUUUCCUGUAUGAAGGGAGUGUCUUGUGAGAAUAUAAACGUGUGAUGCUGAGGGUAAUCCAAAGAAGGUGUAUCUGGUGCUAAAAGUUUCUUCUCAUUGUUGAGUUCUACACGGUAAAUGAUGAUGCUGAGAUGUGUAAUUGACGUUGGACAUUAGGAGGAAUUUCCUCAUAGAAAGGCUGAUUAGACAUUAGAAUGGGCUGCCCAGGGAUGUGGUGGAGGUGUUUAAGGAAGGGCUGGGUGUGGCACGUACUGCCUUGGUCUAAUUGACAAGGUGGUGGUUUCAGAAUGCUUUUCCAACCUGAUUUUGUGAUUCUGUGAAGGUGUUACUGCAUUGCUAGUAAUCCCGAGGGUUCUGCCAGGUGAAGGACCCAGCCCCAGUUCUGCAGGUUCAUAUGACUGCAUGCUGCUUAGAUCUGUUGAGAUUCACAUAGAAAUGGAAGGGAAGGUGAAAAAAAACGUGGGUGGAUUUUGGUGAACAUGAGCUUAAUACAACUUAAAUAUCAUAGCACAACAAAAUACUAAUAGUUGUGGCCAUCUGCACAAAGCAUAUAUCUUUAUGUAUAACUCUUAAUUUAAUUUUUGUUCAAGAGGAUAGAUUCCUGUACAAAAUCAGACACAGAUAAUACAGUUUGGGCAUGUUUGAGGCACAUUGUUGAAAUCCCACAUUUUUGGCUGCUGCAAAUAGAGCAAUUGUCAUUUAAAAUAAUUAAGAUUUUUAAGACCUUUAUUGACUACUACUCAUAAAUUUGGCACUGCCUCACAAUAAAAAUAUGAAAAAUAGAGUUGAAGAUGUUUAUUGUUAUUCCUUUCAGUACUCAUGAAAGUCUUGUUACAAAACAGUGGUUUAUCAUUUAUAAAAUUCAUUCUUAGAAGAGAGGGACAGAAUUCAAAUAAAAGAAGUGCUGUAGAAAGAAAACUGCAAAAGCAUUCCAGGAGAGCUUAGGAGGCAGGGUAUCACCAUGUGCUUGUUACGUUGAUCCAAGAUCCUUUUGAAUCUAAAUCAAACCUGGGGAUUAAAUGCUCAAAGAUUAGGAAAUGAGAUGAUUCAAGUCAAAAUGCACGUUCAGAGUUGACUUUUUCAAGUUUCCCUUAGAUUUUGACUCUUAAGAACUCUGCCAAUAGACACUGGAAAAACUUUGGCUUUCUUAACAGAAACUUUGGCAUGUUGUAGUCUGGCUCUUGCACACUAGUUGCCUGUUCACAUUUACCAUAAAUAAUGACUAAAAACAUAACUUGCAGCUACAUUUUGGGAGUAACCUCUGGAAGGGUUUGUUUCCUUCUCUUUCCCCCACCCCUUUAAGACUUUUUGUCUUAUGGGAUUUGUUUGCAAUCUGCUAGCUGAAGCUCUGAGGCAAGUUUGCCAGAUCUGGGUCUGUAUCAUCACUCUGCACAUCUGGAAGUGGUUUAUGUGCUCUUAUUCCUCCAGCAAAGUGUCUGGACUCUGCACCAUUCCUCAGCAGCAGAGAAAGAAAGAAAACCAGCACAACUCCAAAGUAAACUUUGAGGAGUUCGAAAAAGGAAUUGAAUCGUAAAACUGUUACUGUGCCCUGUAAGGCCCUUGUGUGGGUGACUUCAAAGGAGGAUGGUGGUCGAGGAUGCUUUGGCAAGACUGCUUACAGCUGUGGGCUAUCUGGGAUCCAAGUAAAUAACUCCACAGCACUUCAGGAGAGAGGAGUCCCAAAUACUGUGCUGCUUUGAAGAGUUUACCACAGAUCACAGUUGUCAUCCAACAGGACACAUGGCUCUUUUAAAGAAAGUUAACCAGAUCUUACUGUUACUUCUUGUCUUAACUGUGUGCGCUAUUCUGUAUAGCAAAGUUCACCAAGUGCCCUUGGCAUUAAGAAAUGAAACAGUGAAUUUGGAGAGCCCUGAGGAAACGGAGGAAGAAAUCCCAGUGGUGAUCUGUGCUGCUGCAGGCAGGAUGAGUGCAGCUGUAGCAGCGAUCAACAGCAUCUACAGCAACACAGAGGCCAAUGUUUUAUUCUACAUCAUUGGGCUGAAGACAACCAUUCCACACAUUCGGAAGUGGAUUGAAAAUUCUAAACUGAAAGAAAUAAAAUUUAAGGUUGUGGAAUUCAAUCCUAUGGUACUAAAAGGAAAAGUCAGACAAGAUGCAUCACGUCCUGAGCUACUGCAGCCUCUGAACUUCAUUCGAUUUUAUCUUCCUUUGCUUAUCCAGAAGCAUGAGAAAGUAAUAUAUUUGGAUGAUGAUAUCAUUGUUCAAGGUGACAUCCAGGAACUCUACGAUACUAAGUUAGCUCCUGGACAUGCAGCAGCUUUUUCAGAUGAUUGUGAUCUGCCUUCUACACAUGAAAUGGUUAGGAGUGUAGGGAUGCAGAACACAUACAUGGGAUUUCUGGACUACAGAAAGCAAGCCAUUAGAGAUCUUGGCAUCAGCCCCAGCACCUGCUCCUUUAAUCCUGGAGUAAUUGUUGGUAACAUGACUGAAUGGAAACAUCAGCGGAUUACAAAGCAGUUGGAAAAAUGGAUGCAAAGAAAUGUAGAGGAAAACCUCUAUAGCAGUACCCUCGGGGGAGGUGUGGCAACCUCCCCAAUGCUGAUUGUAUUUCAUGGAAAAUAUUCCCCUAUUAAUCCUAUGUGGCACAUAAGGCAUCUUGGUUGGAGUCCUGAUGCCCGUUACUCAGAGCAAUUUCUUCAAGAAUCUAAAUUACUUCACUGGAAUGGGAGAUACAAACCUUGGGACUACCCUAGUGUCCACACUGAUCUCUGGGAAAACUGGUUUAUUCCUGACCCCUCAGGGAAGUUCAAAUUAACUCAUCCUUACAGCUGAUACCGAAAUACUGCAUAACGUAGUGUAUGGGAUGCAUUUAAUAGUUUGAGAUGCAACAUGUUGUAUGACUGAUUGAUUUUAGAAAACAAAGUAUUUGUUAAAAAUAUGAAUAAUUGACCAUCAGUUUUGUGUGCUUAUGGCAGGUGAGAGAGGCUGGAGUGACCAAUACACAGUUCAGAUUAUCUUGACUUUCAUGUAAGGUGGGGAAACAAAUUUAUUUGACAAUGUAGUAUUUUCAUUAAACAAAUAAGUGAAA